CUAAAUUUAUUAUUUUCCCUUCACUUCACCCAUGUCAAGUACGAACGCUAAAUAUAUUUACAACUCAAUUCAGCUCCCCAAAAGAACUACAACCGUCGCUCGGCAACAGAUACGUACGUAAAACGUAUUGAAACGUGACUUCCCCGGUCGCGACGACGUCACUCCAACAUGGCGGCAUGCAUGGCACGGCGUUUUUAUUUACCUUGUUGUAUUACAGGAAUAACCUUGAUUCCACAUCAUGUUUUGUCAAGGAGCGUCGUAUUAAGACACAUUAACAACUCUUUUCUGCCGAGGGUAAGCUACGGAACCCGAGGGACAAACGCCACACAGGAUGACCAAGUGCACAUUCCAGUAGACCGUCUAAGAGUGUCUUACAGCAGAAGCAGUGGUCCCGGUGGUCAGCAUGUCAAUAAAGUCAGCACAAAAGCAGAAGUCCGUUUCCACGUGCAAACAGCUGACUGGAUCCCAGAGGAUGUACGACGAAAAAUCCUUGAAAAGAACAAAAACCGCAUCAAUAAAGCUGGGGAGCUGCUGGUGACGUCGGAGCUGAGCAGGAGUCAGCGAAGAAACCUUGAUGAUUGUGUGCAGAAGAUCUCUGCCAUCAUAGCUGAGGCCAGUGAGAAGCCCUAUGAACCCACAGCUGAAGACAUCGCUCUUAAAGAAGCCAGGUUACAGAAGAGGGACAGAGAGCGACUCAAACAGAAGAAGAUCUAUUCGGCUAUCAAGCAGAGCAGACGGGUGGACUUUGACUGACUAAGUGGUUCUACCUCACGAUUGUGUUGUCAAAUAACUUGUAAACCUAUGUGUUCUGUGUUAAUUACUUUGUAUUUAUUUUUCUGUAAAAUAAACGCAAAAAUGCUUGUUUCAUGACAAAUAGCAGCU